AUGAGCGCCGCCGCCUCUGCCGUUGCCGCCGCCGCCGCCUGUUCUGGAUCCGAGCCUGGCGGCUUCUUCCUCUUCCCGAGCGGGACCGGCGGGGAGCCCUGCGUGGCCAUGGGGCCCGGAGAGAGCUCGGGCGGGUUCGGGGCGCUGCUGCCGCCGCCGCUGACAUCUUCCGGGCUGUCGUCCCCUCCUGGCGGCGGCUGUCGGGGUCGCUACCAGCUGCUGUUGUCGGGCCGGGCCCUGGCCGAGCGGUACCGGAGGAUUUACACCGCGGCGGCGCUGAGCGAACGGGAGCAGGCCGGCCACCCGGGCAGGUGUAAAAAGCUUUUAAGCAAGAAGAAACUAAAAAGAAAGCAGAAGAGUAAAUUGAAAAUAAAAACACGGAAUAAGAGUGAAAACCUGGAUAGUAUGGUAACCAUACCAGACAUCAAACUUCACAGCAACCCUUCAGCUUUCAACGUCUACUGCAAUGUGCGGCAUUGUGUUCUCGAGUGGCAAAAAAGGGAAACCUCGGUAGCUUUGGCUUCAAAAAAUACUGUGCAGAGUGGUGAUUCAGAUAGUGAUGAUGAUGAGGAAGCUAAAGAACCCCCUAUCAAGCUUCCAAAGAUAAUUGAAGUUGGACUAUGUGAAGUGUUUGAACUUAUCAAGGAAACAAGGUUUUCUCAUCCAUCUCUCUGUCUGAGAAGUCUUCAGGCUCUUCUUAAUGUGCUUCAAGGCCAGCAACCAGAAGGCCUCCAGUCAGAACCUCCUGAAGUUCUAGAGUCUCUGUUCCAGCUUCUUCUAGAAAUAACUGUUCGGAGUACUGGAAUGAAUGACAGCACUGGUCAGUCUUUGACAGCACUUUCAUGCGCUUGCCUCUUCAGUCUUGUAGCUGCAUGGGGAGAAACCGGAAGAACACUUCAGGCAAUCUCUGCUAUCCUUACCAACAAUGGGAGCCACGCUUGUCAAGCUAUCCAGGUACCAACAAUAUUAAAUUCCCUCCAGAGAAGUGUACAAGCAGUUUUGGUGGGCAAAAUCCAAAUCCAAGAUUGGUUUAGCAAUGGAAUUAAAAAAGCAGCCCUGAUGCAUAAGUGGUCAUUGAAGGAAAUUUCUGUAGAUGAAGAUGACCAGUGUCUGCUUCAGAGUGAUGGUUACUUUUUGUAUUUAUUAUGCAAAGAUGGACUAUACAAAAUCGGCUCUGGAUACAGUGGAACAGUCAGGGGUCACAUAUACAAUUCUACAUCCCGCAUCAAGAACAGAAAAGAGAAGAAGUCUUGGUUGGGUUAUGCUCAGGGUUAUUUGUUAUAUAGAGAUGUGAACAAUCAUAGCAUGACGGCCAUAAGAAUAAAUCCUGAAUCUUUUGAGCAAGAUGGUACAGUAACUUUGCCAGAUUGCCAGACUGAAGGGCAGAAUAUCCUUUUCACUGAUGGAGAGUAUAUUAAUCAGAUAGCUGCUUCUAGAGAUGAUGGCUUCGUAGUUCGAAUAUUUGCAACAAGUACUGAACCGGUGCUACAGCAAGAACUGCAGCUUAAGCUUGCCAGAAAAUGCUUACAUGCGUGUGGCAUCUCAUUAUUUGAUCUGGAGAAAGACUUGCACAUUAUCAGUACAGGGUUUGAUGAGGAAUCUGCUAUUCUUGGUGCAGGAAGGGAAUUUGCACUAAUGAAAACAGCCAGUGGAAAGAUAUAUUACACCGGAAAAUACCAGAGCCUUGGAAUCAAACAAGGUGGUCCUUCAGCAGGGAAAUGGGUAGAAUUGCCAAUCACCAAAUCUCCGAAGAUUGUUCAGUUCUCAGUUGGACAUGAUGGCUCACAUGCCCUACUUGUUGCAGAGGAUGGAAGCAUAUUUUUCACAGGCUCAGCAAGUAAAGGGGAAGAUGGAGAAUCAACAAAAAGCAGGCGGCAGUCGAAGCCUUAUAAGCCAAAAAAAAUUAUCAAAAUGGAAGGAAAGAUUGUGGUGUAUACUGCAUGCAAUAAUGGGAGUAGUUCUGUCAUUUCGAAAGACGGAGAAUUAUACAUGUUUGGAAAAGAUGCUAUUUACUCUGACAGCACAAGUUUAGUAACAGAUUUGAAAGGCCAUUUUGCAACUCAGGUGGCCAUGGGCAAAGCUCAUACCUGUGUGCUAAUGAAGAAUGGUGAAGUUUGGUCAUUUGGUGUGAAUAACAAAGGGCAAUGUGGACGAGACACCGGCUCCUCAAGUCAGGGAGGAAAAGGUUUUGGAGUUGAGAACAUGGCAACAGCAAUGGAUGAAGAUUUAGAAGAAGAGCUAGAUGAAAAAGAUGAGAAAUCUAUGAUGUGUCCACCAGGCAUGCAUAAAUGGAAGCUGGAACAGUGUAUGGUGUGUACUGUUUGUGGGGACUGUACAGGUUAUGGAGCAAGUUGUGUUAGCAGUGGACGACCUGACAGGGUACCUGGAGGAAUCUGUGGCUGUGGCUCUGGUGAGUCUGGUUGUGCUGUUUGUGGGUGUUGUAAAGCCUGUGCUAGAGAAUUGGAUGGUCAGGAAGCGAGGCAAAGAGGAAUCCUUGACGCUGUAAAAGAUAUGAUACCACUGGACCUUUUGUUAGCUGUCCCUGUGCCCGGAGUUAACAUUGAAGAGCAUCUCCAGUUACGGCAAGAAGAAAAGCGGCAGCGUGUGAAUAGAAGGCACCGGCUGGAGGAAGGGAGAGGCCCCUUUGUAUUUCCUGGUCCUAUUUUUAUGAACCAUCGAGAGCAGGCUCUAGCCAGAAUAAGACCCCAUCCAGCACAGCUAAAGCAUAAGCGGGACAAGCAUAAAGAUGGAAGUGGAGAUAGAAGUGAGAAAGAUGCCAGCAAAAUCACAACGUAUCCUCCUGGGGCAGUCCGCUUCGACUGUGAGCUUCGAGCAGUGCAAGUUAGCUGUGGAUUUCACCAUUCAGUUGUUCUGAUGGAGAAUGGUGAUGUUUACACAUUUGGAUAUGGGCAGCAUGGACAACUCGGGCACGGAGAUGUUAAUUCCAGGGGAUGUCCUACUCUGGUACAGGCACUACCUGGACCUAGCACGCAAGUUACUGCUGGCAGCAAUCAUACAGCUGUUUUGUUAAUGGAUGGACAAGUCUUCACAUUUGGAAGCUUCUCAAAAGGGCAACUUGGCAGGCCCAUUUUGGAUAUUCCUUACUGGAAUGCAAAACCAGCACCCAUGCCUAAUAUAGGAUCAAAGUAUGGACGCAAGGCUACUUGGAUUGGAGCAAGUGGUGACCAGACUUUUCUUCGGAUUGAUGAAGCUCUCAUUAACUCUCAUGUGCUUGCUACAUCAGAGAUCUUUGCUAGCAAACACAUAAUAGGCUUGGUACCUGCUUCCAUAUCGGAGCCCCCUCCAUUUAAGUGUCUUUUGAUAAAUAAAGUUGAUGGAAGCUGUAAAACAUUUAAUGAUUCUGAGCAGGAGGACCUUCAGGGAUUUGGUGUAUGUCUUGAUCCAGUUUAUGAUGUUGUUUGGAGGUUUCGACCAAAUACAAGAGAGCUGUGGAGUUACAAUGCAGUUGUAGCUGAUUCCAGGCUUCCGUCAGCCCCUGACAUGCAAUCCCGCUGUAGCAUUCUAAGCCCAGAACUGGCUCUUCCAACAGGAUCCAAAGCUCUUACGACAAGGUCACAUGCAGCUUUGCACAUACUGGGUUGUCUUGACACAUUGGCUGCCAUGCAGGACUUAAAAAUGGGUGUGACAAAUACAGAAGAGGAGACUCAGGCUGUGAUGAAAGUAUAUUCCAAAGAAGACUAUAGCAUUGUCAACAGAUUUGAAAGUCAUGGAGGAGGUUGGGGUUAUUCAGCCCACUCAGUAGAAGCUAUUCGCUUUUGUGCUGAUACUGACAUUUUACUUGGUGGCCUUGGUCUCUUUGGAGGCAGGGGUGAAUACACUGCUAAAAUAAAGUUGUUUGAAUUGGGUCCAGAUGGAGGCGAUCACGAGACAGAUGGCGACCUUCUUGCCGAAACUGAUGUCUUGGCAUAUGAUUGUGCUGCGAGGGAAAAGUACGCAAUGAUGUUCGAUGAACCAGUCCUUUUGCAAGCUGGUUGGUGGUAUGUAGCCUGGGCACGAGUGUCUGGUCCUAGCAGUGACUGUGGAUCCCAUGGGCAAGCUUCUAUUACGACUGAUGAUGGUGUUGUCUUCCAAUUUAAGAGUUCCAAGAAAUCAAAUAAUGGUACAGAUGUUAAUGCGGGCCAGAUUCCACAAUUAUUAUACAGGCUGCCAACAAGUGAUGGCAGUGCAUCGAAAGGAAAACAGCAAACAAGCGAGCCCGUGCACAUUUUAAAGCGAUCUUUUGCAAGAACUGUCUCAGUGGAGUGCUUUGAAUCCUUAUUGAGCAUUCUUCAUUGGAGCUGGACAACCUUAGUGUUAGGAGUAGAAGAGCUUAGAGGAUUGAAAGGAUUCCAGUAUACAGCUACCCUUUUGGAUUUAGAAAGGCUGCGAUUUGUUGGCACCUGUUGCUUGAGGUUACUCCGUGUCUACACGUGUGAGAUAUAUCCAGUAUCAGCGACCACAAAAGCUGUUGUUGAAGAAACCAGUAAACUGGCAGACUGUAUUGGGAAGACUAGAACCUUACUAAGAAAAAUUUUAUCUGAAGGAGUUGAUCACUGUAUGAUAAAGCUGGACAAUGACCCGCAAGGAUAUCUCACUCAGCCACUGAGUCUUCUGGAAGCUGUUCUUCAGGAGUGCCAUAACACUUUCACGGCCUGCUUUCACUCUUUCUAUCCAACACCAGCUCUUCAAUGGGCUUGCCUUUGUGACUUGCUAAAUUGUUUAGAUCAGGAUAUCCAGGAAGCAAACUUCAAAACUUCGAGUAGUAGGCUUCUUGCAGCUGUAAUGUCAGCCCUGUGCCAUACAUCUGUGAAACUGACGUCUAUCUUCCCUAUUGCUUAUGAUGGAGAAGUCUUACUGCGUUCUAUGGUGAAACAAGUUAGCACUGAGAAUGAUUCUGCACUGGCCCACCGCUUCCCUCUGCUGGUAGCACACAUGGAAAAACUUAGUCAGAGUGAAGAAAAUAUCUCAGGGAUGACAAGCUUUCGUGAAGUGCUUGAGAAAAUGCUAGUUAUUGUUGUGUUGCCAGUAAGAAACAGCCUUAGACGUGAAAAUGAACUGUUCUCUGCACAUCUGGUUUCUAAUACCUGUGGAUUACUUGCAAGUAUUGUGAGUGAACUCACAGCUUCUGCAUUAGGUUCAGAGACUGAUGGGCUCAACUCUCUGCAUUCUGUCAAGUCAAGCCCAAAUCGAUUCACAAAAACAAGCCAAGGAAGAAGCUGGAAUACUGGGAAUGGGUCUCCUGAUGCAAUUUGUUUCUCUGUGGAUAAACCUGGAGUCAUUGUUGUAGGAUUCUCUGUCUACGGAGGAGGAGGAAUCCAUGAAUAUGAACUGGAAGUACUAGUUGAUGAUAGUGAUCAUACAGGAGAUUCAACUCAUUCUCAUAGAUGGACGUCUUUAGAGUUGGUUAAAGGGACCUAUACUACAGACGACUCCCCAAGUGAUAUUGCUGAAAUUAAACUUGACAAAGUUGUUCCCCUGAAGGAAAAUGUGAAAUAUGCGGUCCGUUUGAGAAACUAUGGGAGUCGCACAGCUAAUGGAGAUGGAGGAAUGACCACUGUACAAUGCCCAGAUGGCGUAACAUUUACUUUCAGCACAUGUAGUUUGAGCAGUAAUGGCACAAAUCAAACACGGGGACAGAUUCCACAGAUUCUUUAUUACAGAAGUGAGUAUGAUGGUGAUCUACAGUCCCAGCUCCUGAGCAAAGCCAAUGAAGAAGAUAAAAAUUGUAGCAGAGCACUUUCUGUCGUGAGUGCUGUGGUGCGAGCUGCUAAAGACCUUUUACACAGGGCUCUUGCUGUAGAUGCUGAUGACAUUCCGGAACUACUCAGCUCUUCCAGUCUCUUUUCCAUGCUCCUUCCUCUUAUCAUAGCCUAUAUAGGGCCUGUGGCUGCAGCUAUUCCUAAGGUUGCGGUUGAGGUUUUUGGCUUAGUUCAGCAGCUGCUUCCAUCCGUAGCCGUUUUGAAUCAGAAGUAUGCCCCUCCUGCCUUCAAUCCCAAUCAGUCUACAGACAGCACCACAGGAAACCAACCUGAACAAGGGCUAUCUGCUUGUACUACCUCUAACCACUAUGCUGUCAUUGAAUGUGAACACCCCUACAAGCCAGCAUGUGUUACUCACUACAAGGUGACUUUUCCAGAAUGUGUCAGGUGGAUGACAAUAGAAUUUGAUGCUCAGUGUGGAACUGCUCAAUCAGAGGAUGUUCUUCGCUUGCUCAUUCCUGCCCGAAUCCUCCAGAAUUCAGGGUUUGGACCAAAGCAGACUUCUGUUCAUGAGAAUCUUAAUUCAUGGAUAGAACUGAAGAAAUUUUCAGGCUCAUCUGGGUGGCCAACUAUGGUCCUGGUGUUGCCAGGUAACGAGGCACUCUUCUCUCUGGAAACUGCAUCAGACUAUGUGAAAGAUGAAAAGGCUACUUUCUAUGGUUUCAAGUGUUUUGCAAUUGGCUAUGAAUUUAGUCCAGGGCCUGAUGAGGGUAUCAUUCAGCUUGAGAAAGAGUUGGCCAAUCUAGGAGGUGCAUGUGCUGCUGCUUUGAUGAAAAAAGACCUGGCACUUCCCAUUGGUAAUGAAUUUGAAGAAGAUCUUGAGAUACUGGAAGAGGCUGCUCUGCAGGUUUGUAAAUCUCACUCGGGAAUCCUGGGUAAAGGCUUAGCAUUGUCUCAUUCACCAACGAUCUUGGAGGCGCUAGAAGGAAAUCUCCCACUGCAAGUGCAAAGCAAUGAACAGUCCUUUUUGGAGGAUUUCAUUUCCUGUGUACCAGGAUCAAGUGGUGGACGGCUUGCAAGAUGGCUUCAACCAGAUUCAUAUGCAGAUCCUCAGAAAACAUCCUUGAUUCUGAAUAAAGAUGACAUCCGAUGUGGCUGGCCUACCGUUAUUACUGUGCAGACAAAAGACCAGUAUGGUGAUGUUGUUCACGUUCCUAAUAUGAAGGUGGAAGUCAAAGCAAUCCCUGUUUCCCAGAAAAAAACUAGUUUGCAGCAAGAACAGGCAAAAAAACUGCAACGAAUACCUGGCAGUCCUGCAGGUGCUGCUACGCCUGGCACUGACAUGACCUUCGGAGGGCUUCCUUCCCCAAAACUUGAUGCUUCGUACGAACCAAUGAUAGUGAAAGAAGCUCGCUAUAUUGCUAUUACAAUGAUGAAGAUAUAUGAAAAUUAUUCUUUCGAAGAGUUACGCUUUGCUUCACCAACACCUAAGAGACCAAGUGAAAACAUGUUGAUAAGAGUCAACAAUGAUGGUACCUACUGUGCUAACUGGACUCCAGGAGCAGUUGGUCUCUACACCAUUCAUGUUACAAUUGAUGGCAUUGAAAUAGAUGCUGGACUAGAAGUAAAAGUAAAAGAUCCUCCAAAAGGAAUGAUACCGCCAGGAACCCAGUUGGUAAAACCGAAAGCAGAGCCUUUACCAAACAAGGUUCGCAAAUUUGUGGCCAAGGACAGUGCAGGGCUGCGUAUCCGUAGCCACCCUUCCCUUCAGAGUGAGCAGAUAGGCAUAGUAAAAGUCAAUGGAUCCAUUACCUUUAUUGAUGAGAUCCACAAUGAUGAUGGUGUAUGGCUACGACUGAACGAUGAGACAAUACGGAAAUACGUUCCUAAUAUGAAUGGUUACACUGAAGCCUGGUGCCUUUCUUUUAACCAGCAUCUUGGCAAAAGCCUUUUGGUCCCUGUUGAUGAGUCUAGAUCUAAUGCAGAUGACUUUUUCAAAGACCUAAACUCACACUGCCCUCAGGAAGCGGUAAUGCAAGAGCCAGAUAUGCCGUUCCUUCGUGGUGGGCCUGGAGUGUAUAAGGUAGUGAAGACUGGCCCCUCAGGUCACAACGUCAGAAGCUGUCCCAACCUUAGAGGUAUCCCAAUUGGAAUGUUAGUUCUGGGAAACAAAGUCAAGGCAGUGGGCGAGGUGACUAAUUCUGAAGGAACAUGGGUACAGAUGGAUAAAAACAGCAUGGUAGAGUUCUGUGAAAGUGAUGAAGGUGAAGCGUGGUCCUUAGCUAGAGACAGAGGUGGAAACCAAUAUCUCCGGCAUGAAGAUGAACAAGUUCUUCUAGAUCAGAAUGGUCAAACUCCACCGCCAAGCCCAUUCUCGCUGCAAACUUUCAAUAAGGGGACAGGGUGUAGUAAUGGACAAGGAUUUGAUUAUGGCCUUGGAAAUAACAAAGGUGACAGAGUGAAUUUUACUGCAGCUGCUAGACCAGUUUCUCCAGCAGGGAAAUCUGACAUGGCAUCAAAAUACAGAGUGGAUAGCAGAUCAUCUAAAUCUGAUGGGCGUAUGAAUCACACUGACCAGAAGAAACCCAGGAAUGCAGAGACCUUAUCUGCUAGUGAAUCUCUAAUGCUGAGAUCUGAUACUGGAAAGCUUAGGUCAGAUUCCCACAGUAGAUCACUGUCUCCAAACCAUAACACACUGCAAACCUUAAAAUCUGAUGGGAGGACAACGUCUGGUCUGAGGGCAGAAUCUCCUGGGCCAGGAACCAGGUCAUCUUCUCCAAAGGCUCUGUCAGCAGGUAAAUCCUGUACAUCUGGUGUCGGUUCUCGACGAUCAUCAUCUCCUCAUGAAAAGCCUCUUUCUCAGAAACCUGCAGCCCCUGUGAAAACAAAGCUUGAUCCUCCUCGAGAGCGCUCCAAAUCUGAUUCGUAUACAUUGGACCCAGAUACUCUUCGCAAAAAGAAAGUACCCCUAACAGAACCACUAAGGGGAAGGUCCACUUCGCCCAAGCCAAAGAUUGUGUCAAAAGAUGGGAAACCGGCAAAUGAAACGGAAAACAGAGCCCCUUCGCCUCAUGUUGUACAAGAAAACCUUCACAGUGAAGUUGUUGAAGUCUGCACUUCAAGUACUUUAAAGACAAACAGCAUCACAGAUAGUACAUGUGAAGAUAAUUCUGAAUUCAAAAGUGUGGAUGAUGGCGCUAAUAAAGUUCACUUCAGCAUAGGAAAAGCCCCACUGAAAGAUGAGCAAGAUCUGAGAGCCUCUCCAAAAGUGAGCCGCAAAUGUGCAAACAGGCACACAAGACCCAAAAAGGAAAAGUCUGUCUGUCUUUUCAAAGGGGAUGGAGCCAGGCCUGUAGAGCCUGCCAAACAAGCGAUGUCUCCCUCUGUGGCCGAAUGUGCCAGGGCUGUCUUUGCUUCUUUCCUGUGGCAUGAAGGGAUAGUCCAUGAUGCCAUGGCCUGCUCUUCCUUUUUAAAAUUUAAUCCUGAACUUUCUAAAGAGCACGCGCCUAUUAGGAGCAACCUUGGCCAACAGCCUGUAGAAGAAAAAGAAACCAAGUUGAAAAACAGACAUUCCCUGGAAAUAUCUUCUGCUCUGAAUAUGUUUAACAUAGCCCCUCAUGGGCCCGACAUAUCAAAAAUGGGGAGCAUAAAUAAAAAUAAAGUCCUGUCUAUGCUUAAAGAGCCUCCUCUUCAUGAACGAUGUGAGGAUGGGAAAAAUGAAACUACCUCUUUUGAAACAUCCAGUCACCAUACUAUGAAGUCCAAGUCUCCUCUUCCCUUAACACUGCAGCACCUAGUAGCCUUUUGGGAAGACAUCUCUCUGGCCACAAUCAAGGCAGCUUCUCAGAACAUGAUAUUUCCAAGCCCUGGGUCCUGUGCAGUAUUGAAGAAGAAAGAAAGUGAGAAAGAUAACAAGAAAUCCAAAAAAGAAAAGAAGAAGAAAGAAAAGGCUGAGGCCAGACCGAGGGGGAAUCUCUUUGGUGAAAUGGCUCAGCUUGCUGUGGGGGGUCCAGAGAAAGAUACCAUCUGUGAACUGUGUGGGGAAUCUCACCCAUAUCCAGUGACCUAUCACAUGAGACAAGCUCAUCCAGGUUGUGGCCGCUAUGCAGGUGGGCAAGGCUAUAACAGCAUUGGACACUUUUGUGGUGGAUGGGCUGGUAAUUGUGGUGAUGGUGGCAUAGGAGGAAGCACAUGGUACCUCGUCUGUGAUCGGUGCAGAGAAAAAUAUCUCCGCGAAAAGCAGGCAGCAGCAAGAGAAAAGGUCAAACAAUCUAGGAGAAAGCCAAUGCAAGUUAAGACACCUCGUGCCUUGCCCACCAUGGAAGCUCAUCAAGUAAUCAAAGCAAAUGCACUGUUUUUGCUGGCCUUGAGCAGUGCCGCUGAGCCUAGUAUUUUGUGCUACCACCCUUCCAAACCAUUCCAGUCCCAGCUUCCUAUUGUCAAGGAAGGCAUUUCAGAGGAUUUCCCUGUUAAAAUGACUUGUCUCUAUCUUCAGACAUUAGCAAGACAUCAUCAUGAAAACUUUGUUGGCUAUCAAGACGACAAUCUCUUUCAGGAUGAGAUGAGAUAUUUGCGCUCAACUUCAGUACCUGCACCUUAUAUAUCUGUUACUCCUGAUGCUAGUCCUAAUGUCUUUGAGGAGCCAGAAAGUAACAUGAAAUCCAUGCCACCAAGUUUAGAGACUAGCCCCAUCACAGAUACGGACCUUGCAAAGCGCACAGUUUUUCAAAGGUCAUAUUCAGUUGUUGCCUCAGAAUAUGACAAACAACACUCCAUUCUACCUGCACGGGUCAAGGCCAUUCCCAGAAGGAGAGUUAACAGUGGAGAUGCAGAAGUGGGUUCCUCUCUUCUGAGACAUCCAUCUCCUGAACUUUCUCGGUUAAUCUCCGCCCACAGCUCUCUUUCCAAAGGAGAGAGAAAUUUCCAGUGGCCUGUUCUGGCAUUUGUCAUCCAACAUCAUGACUUGGAGGGACUUGAAAUAGCAAUGAAACAGGCUUUGAGAAAAUCAGCUUGCCGGGUAUUUGCUAUGGAGGCUUUCAACUGGCUUCUCUGUAAUGUCAUCCAAACGACAUCUCUUCAUGAUAUUCUCUGGCAUUUUGUGGCUUCUCUCACUCCCGCCCCAGUAGAGCCGGAGGAAGAAGAGGAUGAAGAGAACAAAGCAAACAAAGAAAACACCGAGCAAGAAAAAGAUACGAGAGUCUGUGAGCAUCCGUUGUCAGAUAUAGUAAUUGCCGGUGAAGCAGCUCAUCCUUUACCUCACACUUUCCACCGACUGCUACAGACAAUCUCUGACCUCAUGAUGUCUCUCCCAAGUGGAAGUUCAUUACAACAGAUGGCUCUCAGAUGCUGGAGCCUCAAAUUCAAGCAAUCUGACCACCAAUUUUUGCACCAGAGCAAUGUCUUUCACCACAUUAACAACAUUCUGUCCAAAUCUGAUGAUGGAGAUAGUGAGGAGAGCUUUAGUAUCAGCAUCCAGUCUGGCUUUGAAACUAUGAGUCAGGAAUCAUGUAUAGUAAUUUGUCUAAAAGACUUAACCAGUGUUGUUGAUAUUAAAACAUCAAGCCGACCAGCCAUGAUCGGUAGUUUGACAGAUGGAUCCACAGAAACCUUUUGGGAAUCGGGAGAUGAAGAUAAAAACAAGACUAAAAACAUUACAAUUAAUUGUGUCAAAGGAAUUAAUGCUCGCUAUGUGUCUGUCCACGUUGACAACUCACGUGAUCUUGGGAACAAAGUUACUUCAAUGACCUUUUUAACAGGCAAAGCAGUAGAAGAUCUUUGCAGAAUAAAACAGGUUGACUUGGAUUCAAGGCAUAUUGGCUGGGUAACAAGUGAACUUCCUGGUGGAGAUAAUCACAUCAUCAAAAUUGAAUUGAAGGGACCAGAAAAUACUCUCAGAGUUAGGCAAGUGAAACUACUAGGAUGGAAAGAUGGCGAAAGCAUCAAAAUAGCAGGCCAGAUCUCCGCAAGUGUAGCUCAACAAAGAAACUGUGAAGCAGAGACACUGCGAGUCUUCAGACUUAUUACAUCUCAGGUCUUUGGAAAACUCAUAUCUGGAGAUGCUGAGCCAACACCAGAACAAGAGGAAAAGGCAUUGUUGUCUUCACCUGAAGGAGAAGAAAAAGUACACAAUGCAACUUCAGAUGCUGACCUGAAAGAGCACAUGGUUGGAAUCAUAUUCAGCAGAAGUAAACUGACAAAUUUACAAAAGCAGGUCUGUGCUCAUAUUGUACAGGCUAUCCGAAUGGAAGCAACACGUGUACGGGAAGAAUGGGAGCAUGCAAUUUCUAGCAAGGAGAAUGCUAACUCCCAGCCCAGUGAUGAAGAUGCCUCAUCUGAUGCCUAUUGUUUUGAGCUGCUGUCCAUGGUGCUAGCACUGAGUGGUUCUAAUGUAGGGCGUCAGUACCUGGCUCAGCAAUUGACUUUGCUUCAGGAUCUCUUCUCGCUGUUACACACUGCUUCUCCCAGGGUACAGAGGCAGGUAACGUCUUUACUGAGACGUGUGCUUCCAGAAGUCACCCCUAGUCGCUUGGCUAGUAUCAUAGGCGUCAAGGCGCUACCUCCAGCAGAUAUAAGUGAUAUCAUUCAUUCAACGGAGAAGGGAGAUUGGAAUAAGCUGGGUAUCUUGGACAUGUUCCUGGGAUGUAUUGCCAAAGCACUCACUGUACAGCUAAAGGCCAAAGGAACUACUAUAACUGGUACAGCUGGUACUGCAGCUGGCAAAGGAGUUACUACAGUUACAUUGCCAAUGAUUUUUAAUUCCAGCUAUCUUAGACGAGGUGAAAGCCACUGGUGGAUGAAGGGCUCAACCCCAACACAGAUUUCGGAGAUUAUUAUUAAACUCAUAAAAGACAUGGCAGCUGGUCACUUAUCUGAAGCUUGGUCCCGUGUGACAAAAAAUGCUAUUGCUGAAACAAUCAUUGCUUUAACCAAAAUGGAAGAAGAAUUCAGAUCUCCAGUGCGGUGUAUUGCAACAACCCGCCUUUGGCUGGCUCUUGCAUCCCUUUGUGUGCUUGAUCAGGACCACGUAGACAGACUUUCCUCUGGAAGAUGGAUGGGAAAAGAUGGACAACAAAAACAGAUGCCAAUGUGUGAUAACCACGAUGAUGGAGAAACAGCUGCAAUCAUCCUUUGUAAUGUCUGUGGGAAUCUCUGUACAGAUUGUGAUAGAUUCCUCCAUCUUCAUCGGCGAACAAAGUCUCACCAGAGACAGGUGUUCAAAGAGGAGGAAGAAGCUAUCAAGGUUGAUCUUCAUGAAGGCUGUGGUAGGACCAAACUGUUCUGGCUGAUGGCACUAGCAGAUUCUAAAACCAUGAAAGCUAUGGUGGAGUUCAGAGAACAAACAGGCAAACCCGCCACAAGCAGCUCUGAAGCUUGCCGUUUCUGUGGCUGCCGAAACGGAACAGAAUUAUCAGCAGUGGGGAGUGUCUGUACUGAUGCCGAUUGCCAGGAGUAUGCUAAGAUCGCCUGCAGUAAGACGCAUCCUUGUGGUCACCCCUGUGGAGGUGUCAAGAACGAAGAGCACUGCUUGCCCUGUUUGUAUGGUUGUGAUAAGAGCACCACCACCCUUAAACAGGAUGCCGAUGACAUGUGCAUGAUUUGUUUCACAGAAGCACUUUCAGCAGCACCAGCUAUCCAGUUGGACUGCAGUCAUAUAUUCCACUUGCAAUGCUGUUGUCGAGUUCUAGAAAACAGAUGGCUUGGGCCACGGAUAACAUUUGGGUUCAUGUCCUGUCCUAUUUGCAAGAACAAAAUAAAUCAUACAGUAUUAAAGGACUUGCUUGAUCCAAUCAAGGAACUCUAUGAAGAUGUGAAGAGGAAAGCAUUGAUGAGAUUGGAAUAUGAAGGGCUGCACAAAAGUGAGGCCAUUACAACACCUGGAGUUCGGUUUUAUAAUGACCCUGCUGGCUUUGCCAUGAACAGAUACGCUUAUUAUGUUUGUUACAAAUGCAAAAAGGCUUAUUUUGGAGGAGAAGCCCGUUGUGAUGCUGAGGCUGGCCAGGGAGAUGACUAUGAUCCUAGAGAGCUCAUUUGUGGUGCCUGCUCUGAUGUUUCAAGGGCUCAGAUGUGUCCCAAACAUGGUACAGAUUUUCUAGAGUACAAAUGCCGCUAUUGCUGCUCAGUCGCUGUGUUUUUUUGCUUUGGGACAACACAUUUUUGCAACGCUUGUCAUGACGACUUCCAAAGAAUGACGAGCAUUCCUAAAGAAGAACUUCCACAUUGCCCUGCAGGUCCCAAGGGCAAGCAGCUUGAAGGAACAGAAUGUCCCCUUCAUGUAGUCCAUCCACCUACUGGUGAGGAAUUUGCACUAGGCUGUGGAGUCUGCAGAAAUGCACAUACUUUUUAGUUCAUAGUCCUCUUAUUUGCCAGAGCAAAGCUGCUGUCAUCCCAUAAGUGUCCUGAGAUCAAUAUAAACCACAAUUAGAAUGAGUAUGGGACCAUUUCAUAAUCCAGGGAAAAGGAACAAUUUACAGCGCGAGAAGGAUGCCAAAUACCAUGUACAUAAUCCUUGCUGUGGGAAACUGACAUUUAUGACCCAAGACAUCAAAACUUGUGAGGUGUUUGCAUGUGGCCAUUACUCGCAUCAGCUACAAAGCAUUGGACACUUACAAAUAAAUAAUUGCUGUCAACGAAGCGUUAAAGGCUCUCUGUUUCCAUGGACUCCAAAUGAUGCUGGAUAUCAGAUGAAGAAAAAGUUGAUUAUUGUAUACUGACUUUUUUGUAAUCCUGUACAAUUGUAACUGCAUCACGGGUAGGGGUGGAUAAGAGGAGUAUUCUGGUUUAUUUCUUAGACUGUUAUUAAAAAGUGUUAGGAAGGCAUAAAUGUAACCAGUAUCACGCUGUAUAUAUAAGAUAUCAAUGUUUGUCCUGUAUAAGAAUUACUAAAUUGUAAACAGCAAUUUCAUUUAAACUUCUGGGUUAUGUUUGAGCCUGAAAUUUUAAUGAAGUGCAAUACUGAGUGUGCCUCAUAUCUUGCAGCUGUAAACAUAAUGGAAUGUAUAUGUCAAUAAAGCCGCUGUACAUUUUUAUACAGUGAAAGUCUAA